GAAUUAAUAUUGUCAUUGCCAGUGACGAGUACACCGUCGUCGGACUGUCGGAGUGUGGUCGAAUUCGCCUGUUCGCGUCAACGAGAGAUAAAACGAGCGACGAUAACCGUUUAGCGAAGGAAUUAAUAAAAUAGUGAAAAACAAAAUGAAACGAAGGGAAUCGUUGAAACCGGCGGCUAAAAAAACGGACGAAUUGCCGUGGGAUUUCUUCGACAGGUGCCUGUUGCCGAUAAUUUUCUCGCACGCGGCCGCCAUCGUCGUGUCAUUCGUGUUGAAUAUUUUACGAAUUUCGCAAAUUUCCAGUUUCUCGUUGUUUAUCAUUUUCGUAUUGGCGACAGUUAGCGUAACAAUUUGUUAUCAUAAUUUGCAGGUAUCGACCGCUGGAAAAGCUGUUCUCAUCACUAGUUGCGAUAACAAUGUCGGGUAUGCGUUGGCCAGACAACUGGAUGAUUUGGGAUUCACCGUAUACGCCGGAUUUGCCGAGAAGAAUAAAGCUGCUAAACUGAAAGAAGAGUCUUCGGCGCGUUUACAUAUUUUGCAACUGAAUGUUACCUCGGAUUCGGACAUAAAAGCAGCUUACGAUUACGUUCACAAAACUUUACCGUCUGGCGUUUCAGGUCUGUGGGCUAUCGUGAACAAUACAACGUGGGCUGCUUUCGGCGAAUUCGAAUGGUUGCCUAUCGACGUGUAUAAACAAUCGAUCGACAUAAAUUUGACCAGCGUUAUCAAACUAACGCAAAUUUUCCUGCCCUCGAUCCGCCGUACCAGAGGUCGCAUCGUCAACGUUUCCAGUAUUACGGGACGUAUCCCAUCCGAAUUACGUUCGUCUUUAUGUACGGUGAAAGCAGCCAUCGAAGCUUUCAGCGAAUGCUUGAGAAUGGAGCUGAAAAAAUGGUCGGUGAAUGUAAUCGUCGUCGAACCUGGAACGUACACCACAGGCUGUUGGUUCGAUGAUCAAAAGAUUUUAAGCGACGCUAGAAACAUGUGGAGACGAAUGAGCGACGAUGUCCGUAAACAUUGUACCCAGGAUUAUUUCGAAUUCAAAGUUAGAUCGCUGCCGGAAUACGAAAACGCUGAAAAGGAGAUAAACGUAUUACCUACGGUUAGAUCGCUGACUGAUGCUGUUUACAAAACAUUCCCACUACCCAGAUACACGCCGAUCACUAAACAAGAAAAAUUGCAGAUUUUCGCCGCUCAGCAUUUACCAGCUGGAAUUUAUCAAAUUUUAUAUUCGUGAUUGCGCGCUGCAUUUCAUCAACUUCACAACGUACUCGUAUCUGCGUUCUAGUCGAAAUUUUCUUCUAUUCACCGUGCACGAAAACAAUACCAACUGCCUGAUUUACUUCUAAGUACCUACUUAAGUUCUAGGUAUUGUAUUCGUAUUGUGCAAACGUAUAUAAAUGCAUUUAACAUUAUUUUAUUAUUACCUACCUACGUAUAAAUAUCCUCGUGUGCAGUGCUGCUGCUGAUGCCGGUUCCUUUGCCUGGGUAAAGUCUUCCUUUAUAUCCUUGUCGAAUGUAAAUGUAUCUAUUAACUGUACCUAUCUCAAUAUCUGUUUGUUCUAUGUAUGUACUUAUUGUACUGUAACUGAUACCUAUUCCUCCAUACUUAUGUGUAAAUCUACCCCCGAAAAUAAACCGAACAUUUCUUCAA